AUGGUACAUGAAGAGGAUGCCAAUGUCGUGCCUAUCCAAGACACAUUCCCUGAUGAGCAAUUGCUGUCCAUUGAGGUUGCAACACCUUAUCAUCCCCAAAUAAGUGGCCAAGCCGAGGUUUCGAAUAGGGAAAUCAAGCAGAUUUUGGAUAAGACUGUGGGACCAACGAGGAAAGAUCGGAGCUUGCAUUUGGAUGAUGCACUGUGGGCGUAUCGUACGGCCUACAAGACAUCCAUUGUCAUGUCCCCAUUUCGGCUCAUCUAUGGCAAACCAUGCCAUCUUCUCGUAGAAUUAGAGCACAAGAGGCAUUGGGCUGUCAAAACAUUCAACAUGGACAUAGAUGUGGCUGGAAUUCAUAGGACGCUUCAAUUGAAUGAACUUGAAGAGAUUAGACACGAGGCUUAUGAGAAUGCUCGAAUUUAUAAAGAAAAUACCAAAGCAUUACAUGACAAGAUGAUUCGUAGCAAGACAUUCUCCAUAGGGCAGAAAGUGUUACUUUUUAAUUCCCGCCUUCGGUUGUUUCCCGUCCAAAUCCAAAUUUUCAAGACCAGCCAAGAAUUCAAAGUGAAUGGGCACCGUUUGAAGCCUUAUUACGACCUGUUUGAGGAGCAUGUUGUGGAGGACAUCCCCCUCCAUGCCAUGGGCUCCAAUGAAGUUUGA